CUCCAGCGAUGUUGCAUAUGCAUAAAAAGCUAAUCAACAUUGACAAAUGCUUCUUUUGCACAACUUGUUGACGUUGCUUUUGUUUACAAGACAAAUCAAUGAUUUUUGUUUGCAUGUGAACAUUCAAGCGUUAUUCGAGACCGAUUUUGCCUAAUAAUAAACACUCAUUUCCUAAGAUGCUAACGUCCAAAGUAGGGAAAGUUGGUAAAGUGUUGAUUUGUGGGAUGAAAGGAGUCGGAAAGACAGCAUUGCUGGAGCAACUUAUUCAUGGUCAUAUUACUCCCGAAUCGGAAAUCCAUUCAACGAUUGAGGAUAUUUAUGUUGCCAGUGUUGAUACAGGAAGGGGAUCGCGGGAGACACUGAGAAUUUACGAUACAGCAGGAUUGCAGGGCAAAGCACAACUACCGCGUCACUAUCUCUACUUCCCCGAUGGAUACAUCCUUGUUUACGAUCCGACCGAUACAUCUAGUCUAGACAUGCUUGCAGAUAUCAAGGCUGACAUCGAUAAAAACAAAGAAAAGAAAGAAGUUUGUAUUAUUGUCCUGGCUAAUAUGCGAUCGAAAGCCGCUACGAAGAAACCCGAAUCUCCAGUGACUUCACCAGUAGCUACUAAUCAACCGGAUCCUGUAGAAGUCGUUCUGAGUCGUGCCAAUAACUGGUGUGCUCGUGAACGGAUAAAACACUACACAGUAAAUGCGAUGGAGCGAGCAUCUCUCUAUGAACCAUUCAUAAGUCUAACUGCACGUCUGCAUCCUCCACAAACAAAAAGCGCGUUUCCGCAAUUACGUCAAGUUAUGCAAAAAAGUCAGAAAAGUGAUAGUUAGGAAUUCCAAUAUUGAAGAUACUAAACAAUAUGUACUUAAUUACGUAUCAUUUUAUUCCUAAACAUUUUACUCAAACAAAUAUAAAUUAUUGUGCAUUAUUCAUUUAUCAAAUGUACUUAAAACUAUAUUUAAUCGCUUAUUAAUACGCAUUAAUAUAAUACGAAUUAUUUAAA